AGCAAGUAAAUUGAUUUCAACUGGUGUAGCCGGUUGGACUUUAGUUUCACGGAAGAGUCGUACUGUAAUAGCAAUCGAGCUCAUCGCCAAAGCUAUGCCCCGAAACCGGGUCGAUCUGAAGAGCAACUCGACCCGCUUAUUCCCUUCAGAAGCAGCUUGUCAGUGAAGAAGUUUCGGAGUAUCUCUUCUAUAGUAGCUGUCAGAUCUACAGCUUAGUUAGUAGAAUUGGGCCACGAAUUUGAGCGGAAUGCUGCGAUUGCGAGCCUUUCGGCCGACUAAUGAUAAGAUCGUGAAGAUUCAGUUGCACCCGACGCAUCCGUGGCUUGUCACCGCCGAUGCGUCGGAUCAUGUCUCCGUGUGGAAUUGGGAGCACCGCCAGGUGAUUUAUGAGUUGAAAGCUGGGGGUGUAGAUGAGAGGCGUUUGGUUGGUGCUAAAUUGGAGAAGUUGGCUGAGGGAGAAUCAGAGCCUAGAGGAAAACCCACAGAAGCCAUUCGAGGUGGGAGUGUUAAACAGGUUAGCUUUUUUGAUGAUGAUGUGCACUAUUGGCAACUAUGGCGGAAUCGAUCUGCUGCUGCUGAAGCUCCAACAGCAGUUAACAAUAUCACUUCAGCUUUCAGUUCCCCUGCACCUUCAACCAAAGGACGCCAUUUUCUUGUCAUAUGUUGUGAGAACAAAGCUAUUUUUCUAGAUUUGGUAACAAUGCGUGGCCGAGAUGUACCAAAGCAGGAUUUGGAUAACAGAUCUCUUCUAUGUAUGGAGUUCCUGUGUAGAUCAGCCGCUGGUGAUGGGCCUCUUGUGGCAUUUGGUGGAUCAGAUGGUGUGAUUAGAGUUCUUUCCAUGCUAACUUGGAAGCUUGCUAGAAGAUAUACAGGAGGUCAUAAGGGAUCAAUUGCUUGUUUGAUGACUUUCAUGGCUUCCUCUGGCGAGGCCCUUUUGGUUUCUGGCGGCAGCGAUGGCUUGCUUGUGCUUUGGAAUGCAGACUAUGGCCAAGAUUCACGAGAACUUGUGCCUAAGUUGAGCUUAAAAGCUCAUGAUGGGGGGGUUGUGGCUAUUGAGCUUUCUCGUGUGGUUGGUGCAGCACCACAACUCAUUACAAUCGGUGCAGACAAGUCUUUGGCUAUCUGGGACACAAUAUCAUUUAAGGAACUGCGUCGAAUGAAGCCUGUGUCAAAAUUGGCUUGCCAUAGUGUCGCAUCUUGGUGCCAUCCUCGAGCUCCAAAUCUUGACAUCUUGACAUGCGUUAAAGAUUCCCAUAUAUGGGCCAUUGAACAUCCCACUUAUUCAGCCCUAACAAGGCCAUUAUGUGAGCUGUCAUCAUUAGUCCCACCGCAGCUGCUUGCAUCUCACAAGAAGCUUAGGGUGUAUUCAAUGGUUGCACAUCCUUUACAACCCCAUCUUGUUGCAACCGGGACCAACAUGGGUGUCCUUGUCUGUGAAUUUGAUUCCAAAUCACUCCCACCUGUAGCUCCAUUGCCAACAACACCAGGAAGCCGAGAACAUGCUGCUGUCUAUGUAGUUGAAAGGGAAUUGAAACUGCUUCAAUUUCAAUUGUCUAACACUGCAAAUCCAGCUCUUGGAAGCAAUGGCUCCUUGAAUGACGUGGGAAGAGUCAGGGGAGACACAGUAGAGCAGCUCCAUGUGAAGCAAGUUAAGAAGCAUAUUAGUACUCCAGUUCCACAUGAUUCAUAUUCAGUUCUUUCCGUUAGCAGUUCGGGGAAGUUCGUUGCUAUUGUGUGGCCUGAUAUUCCCUAUUUCUCGGUUUAUAAGGUCAGUGACUGGUCGAUCGUGGAUUCAGGUAGUGCAAGGCUCUUGGCUUGGGACACUUGUAGAGACAGGUUUGCCUUGCUGGAAUCUGCAUUGCCGCCCAGAAUGCCUAUAAUCCCUAAAGGCAGCUCAUCAAGAAAAGCAAAGGAGGCUGCAGCUGCUGCUGCACAAGCUGCAGCAGCUGCAGCUUCUGCGGCUUCAUCAGCCAGUGUUCAAGUUCGGAUAUUGCUGGAUGAUGGAACGUCAAACAUAUUGAUGAGAUCAGUUGGUAGCCGUAGCGAACCAGUUGCUGGGUUGCAUGGGGGAGCGCUACUUGGUGUUGCCUAUCGGACAUCUCGAAGAGUAAGCGCUGUCGCUGCCACAGCUAUUUCUACAAUUCAGUCCAUGCCCUUGUCAGGAUUUGGAAGUAGUUCCCAUUCUUCUUUCAGUACCAUGGAUGAUGGAUUUUCUUCACAAAAAUCUUCUGCUGAAGCUACACCUCCAAACUUCCAAUUAUACAGCUGGGAAACUUUUGAACCAGUGGGAGGUGUUCUUCCUCAACCAGAAUGGACAGCAUGGGACCAAACUGUUGAAUAUUGCGCUUUCGGCUAUCAACAAUAUAUUGUCAUAUCUUCCUUACGUCCCCAGUUUCGGUACCUGGGAGAUGUGGCAAUUCCAUAUGCCACUGGAGGUGUUUGGCACCGGAGACAGUUGUUUGUUGCUACUCCAACCACCAUUGAGUGUGUAUUUGUGGAUGCUGGUAUUGCACCUAUUGAUAUAGAAACUAAAAAGAGGAAAGAAGAGACGCGGCUUAAAGAAGCACAGUCAAGAGCUGUUGCAGAACAUGGAGAAUUAGCAUUAAUAACAGUUGAUAGUCAGCAAACAGCCUCACAAGAAAGGAUAGCACUGAGACCCCCUAUGUUACAGGUUGUCAGAUUGGCUUCUUUUCAGCACGCUCCCUCGAUCCCUCCUUUUAUAACAUUGCCUAAACAAUCGAAAGUUAAUGGUAAUGAUUCUUCAAUACCAAAAGAGAUGGAAGAAAGGAAAGUUAAUGAAGUUGCUGUUGGUGGUGGUGGGGUUGCUGUGGCUGUGACCAGAUUUCCAGCAGAACAAAAAAGGCCAGUUGGUCCUCUUGUUGUUGCAGGUGUAAGAGAUGGUGUUCUCUGGCUAAUUGAUAGGUACAUGUCUGCUCAUGCAAUAUCACUUAGCCAUCCUGGUAUCCGUUGUCGAUGUCUGGCAGCCUAUGGAGAUGCUGUUAGUGCAGUAAAAUGGGCUAGUAGGCUUGGUAGAGAACAUCAUGAUGAUUUAGCGCAAUUUAUGCUUGGGAUGGGUUAUGCCACAGAGGCACUUCACUUACCGGGUAUAUCUAAGAGGCUGGAAUUUGAUCUAGCAAUGCAGAGCAAUGAUUUGAAAAGAGCCCUUCAAUGCCUUCUAACUAUGAGCAACAGCAGAGAUAUAGGACAAGAAGCUCUUGGGUUGAACUUAAAUGACAUUAUGAAUUUGUCGUCAAAGAAAGAAGAUGUUGUGGAUGCUGUGCAAGGAGUAGUUAAGUUUGCCAAGGAGUUCCUUGAACUUAUUGAUGCUGCAGAUGCUACUGGACAAGCUGACAUUGCUCGUGAAGCUCUGAAGAGAUUAGCUGCUGCUGGUUCUGUGAAAGGAGCUCUGCAAGGCCAUGAGUUACGAGGGCUUGCUUUACGACUAGCGAAUCAUGGGGAGUUGACAAGGCUCGGCAAUUUGGUGAACAAUUUGAUAUCAGUGGGUGCGGGAAGGGAAGCUGCUUUUGCGGCCGCUCUUUUGGGAGACAAUGUACUCAUGGAGAAGGCUUGGCAGGAGACAGGGAUGCUUGCUGAGGCUGUGCUCCAUGCUCAUGCUCAUGGUCGACCUACAUUGAGAAGCUUGGUUCAGGCAUGGAAUAAAACACUGCAAAAAGAGCUGGAGCACACUCCAGCUACCAAAAUGGAUGCUGCAGCUGCAUUUUUAGCGUCACUUGAGGAAUCCAAGAUCACAAGCCUGCAAGAUGCUGCAAAGAAGCCUCCAAUUGAGAUCCUGCCACCUGGAAUGGCAUCUUUAUAUGGUCCUAAUCCUGGCCAGUUGGGUCCGAAAAAGCCUGUUCCUGCCCUCCCAAAUUCGCAGCAACCUGGCCAACCAUUGCUGUUGGAAGGGUCCACAGCCACACCCCAAACAACAUCCAGUUCUUCAGAAUCUGUUGCUCCGCCCUCAACUGAAUCAGGUGCUCAGGCUCCAGUCACAUCAGAACCUGGGGCUACCCCACCCAUGUCUGAACCAGCCACUACCAUUUCAGAAUCGGGCGCUCCACAAUCUGCAUCAGAUUCUUCUGUUCCCCCAGUCACUGAGUCCAGUGAUCAGGCUAGUCAAGCAAAUAAUAACAGUGUAGAUAACCUGGAACAGCCAUCAUCAACACCAAGCGUUUCAGAGCCUACUGGAACUGAGAUAAGUGUCCCACCCGCAUCCCAGCAUAGUGUAAUUGCCUCAGAUGCGGGUGCCCCACAGUCAAAUAGCCAAGGCGCAGGAGUCCGGCCUGAACUCCCAAUGAUUGACUUUACCUGAGACAUACAUCGGUUGGUAUUGACAUAUUGAGUUGUACCGGAUUUCUUCAGCAUUGCUUGAAGCACAGAGAUAUAUAGAAGCCGCAUUUUGUUUGACGUCAUUUGAGUUCUGCUUACCUAAAUGAGAAAUAUGCCUGCACCUCAACUGCAGAGGACGCUUUCCUUGUGCAGCUGUUUUGAUACAAGUGAUUUCAUGUUCGAUUACAGUCUCGUCGGUUCCUAGUUUCUUUUGUUGUCGUUGUCUCUUUAUUUUCUCAUGCAUGACAAUAUUCAUGUUGUUGUAAAUUGAAAUUUUACUCAAAAAACAAUAACGACACUACAUUAUUUUUCUACUUUCCUUGAUGUUGUGUUGUUUGAACAGCACUUAUCAGUAGGCUGGCGUGGGCUCUUGGAUCAAUUUGAUCGCUAAUUGGUUAUAUUGUGCUG